CCCUCAUCCCACUUCCCUCCUUCCCACCUGUUAGUCCCAGUCCGUCUGGCACGGAAUUCCAGCUGUUUAUGAGAACUUUCACGCUCGGGCUAUCAAGCAGCUAGAUGACGGUGCAGAAAGGAAAGAGGAUGACCAUCUCCAUCCAGGAGCACAUGGCCAUCAACGUCUGCCCAGGCCCCAUUCGGCCAAUCAGGCAAAUCUCCGCCUACUUUCCUCGCCUCUCUCCAACAUCCUCCUUUUCUGAUUCGCUGUCGCCCAACCAGCCGGGGUCAACGUCCCUGGCUGGAGGAGGGGCUUCAGGGGGAGGGGGGCUGCUGUCCCCUCUGUCUCCGGGGGCAACUGGAGGCGGAGGGACGCUGUCCGUCAUGAGUAGCAUGGACACAUCGGUGGAGAUCGACAGCUGUGACAGCGAUGACAACACGUCUUUAGGCACGCUGGAGUUUGACCUGCUCUACGAGUCAGCCACAAGUUCCUUACACUGCACCGUUCUCAGAGCCAAGGGUCUGAAGCCCAUGGACUUUAACGGGUUGGCUGACCCUUACGUGAAGCUACACCUGCUCCCUGGAGCCUGCAAGGCCAAUAAGUUGAAGACCAAGAUUGUGAAGAACACCCUGAAUCCCGUCUGGAACGAGACUCUUACCUACUGCGGCAUCACAGAGGAGGACAUGUACAGAAAAACUCUCAGGGUGUCUGUGUGUGAUGAGGACAAGCUGACGCAUAAUGAGUUCAUUGGUGAGUCGAGGGUGGCCCUACGUCGAGUGAAGCCUGACCAACCCAAGCACUUCAACGUCUGCCUGGAACACCCGCCCCCCCUGGCGUCUCCGACUGCUAUGAGCACAGCACUCAGAGGGAUCUCCUGCUAUCUUAGAGAGUGGGAGACGGAGCAGCAGCGGAGUCUGGAGGAGCGGGGCCGAUUGCUCCUGUGCUUGCAGUUUCUGCCACCAGCCCAGGACCCUGAGGGUGGAGAGGUCCCACCAGAGGCCAAGGAGAGAGCCAAGGGUGGCCUGUGUGUGGGCGUCCGACGCUGCGCUCACCUAGCCGCCAUGGACGUCAACGGCUUUUCUGACCCCUACGUCAAAACGUACCUCAAACCAGACGUGAAGAAGAAAUCGAAACACAAGACUGCUGUCAUUAAAAAAACACUGAACCCUGAGUUUAAUGAGGAGUUUUUCUAUGAGAUCACAUUCAACGAGCUGGCGACUAAGACACUGGAGGUUACAGUAUGGGACUAUGAUCUGGGAAAGUCUAACGAUUUCAUCGGGGGCGUGUCUCUCGGCUGUCACUCGCAGGGCGACGCCCUCCAGCACUGGAUAGACUGUCUGAAGAACAAGGGCAAAAAGGUGGAGCGCUGGCACACGCUGACCAACGACCUGCCCGGAUUCCAGGAUUGAAGAGGCCAAAGCUAAUGGCCACUCGCUGGCCUUGUUUUCAUUAACAUCGGUCCGUUUUGCAGCUGAAUGGUUGUUCACGUCAAUUUAGCAACAGGUGACUAGCAUGCAGCCACGCUGUAUGAGCUCUGCUUAUAGGAGUUUGUGUUGGAAUCAGUCCCACAUGGAGGAACUUCAUGAGCUGGGGGGGACAAUUUCUGUCAUUACUCAAAUCUUCUUACUCUCUGGGUUUUAUUCACAACUAGGCUUUUUAUAUCCGUUCCGCCCUACCAACUCACUGCACUUC